UUUAGAUAAUAAAGAGGACUAAACUAACAGAUCGUCAAACGCUUACUCCAAUUUGGUACUGUUCACGAGAGUUGGGAGUGGGAAUUAGUAAAAUGAUAUCAAAACCAGAAGGAACUGAAUGAGUCAAGGUGGAUAUGUGAUUAGCCUUAUUACACUGAUUUUUACAAUUCGAAAUGAUCUUUAUUUGGUUUUAUUAAUGAUUCUCUUUUAUGCUUCAGGUCAGCCAUGAGAAGCUUUUCUGCUUAAAAGAAAGAAACUUGAGAUGAGAAGAAGUAUGAGUUUACAAAAAUGAAGUCUAACAUGAAAAACAUCGGAAGUUGACCGUGGCGACCGGUCUUUUCAUAUUGGCAGGUUCCACCAGAAACAAGCAUAGCUGUAACAAAAGUACCUUUAUUAUAUUUUUCAAGAACCGACGUCUAUGUCCUGUCUUUUUUGUUCUACCCAGCUAUCCAACACAUUCCCUGAUGCGACAAAUCUACAGUGUCCUGAAGAUACCAACGAGAGGCAAAGAAAAGCAAACUUUUUCUUUAUAAUAACCUCUUCGUACUUAAAAAAAUCUUCUUGUUUACAGAUGGAACCGUUUACCAGCUCAAAGCUCAAAUACAUCCAUCAGACCAAAUUUCAUAUUCAGCACCCUGGAUUGAAACGGUUUUUUAAAUGAGCUUUGGAUGAGCUAUGGAAUAAUACAACGAAGCAAGCUCUUCGGUUUCUUUGCUACUUGAUCAUCACUUCACUUGAAUUUCCACCCAAUUCCAUAGUUGGUAUUGGUCUCAUCGCUCCUAUGACUUGACUGUUCAGAAAACUCAACAAAACCAUCAUUCUCCUUUGCUGAUUUCCAUUAUCUUUUCGUUUUUUGUUUACAUUGAAUUCUACCUAUUGUUUACAUAAAAAACCUAAAUUGUGAGGGAUAACAUCAAUACCGUAAUUUAUUUUCUGCAUCCCAACGUCUUAUGGGACGCUAUAAAAUUAGGUAAUAUGGUUCGUUUGCUGACACAGAAUUUGUCUGGCCACGUUAUCUGACAAAGAAUGACUGACGUCAUUGUCCUUGCUAGAGUAAAUUUAAAGGCUUCGGAUUUCUUCCCCACAUGAACUACACCACAGCUAAAGGUUAUCUGAUUAGUGAUCGUUACUUCGCUACACUUCACAAGUAAACAAAGGAUACCUUGCUUUCUUUUUGACUUUCUUAUAUCAUCAUAUUCGAAACCGCAGAUUAACAAUAACCAUGAGUUCGAUUCAUACAGCUAGCAAUAACAACAUUGUCUACCUAGACAUGUCUGAAAUCAUUCGCCCGAUUCCUCCUGUUUUGGACUAUGAAAAAGUCAACAGUAUGAAAGAUACAAUGGAUGGAAAUGUGCCUCCUGCUACUUGCAAUAUUAAUCCAGGAGACCUUACAAAAGGUGAAUUGCCUCCUGUUGAUGUAUUGACUUUUAAGAAAAGUGGUCGAACUUAUUACUUUGCAUUUGGUGGAUGCCAUCGUCUACGCGCUCAUGACGAGUCUGGAAAGCAAAAGGUUCGCUGUAAAUUGGUAAACUGUUCUCCUAAUACCUUGCGCUUGUACUUGGGUGCCUCUGCGAAUAAGUAUUUAGAUAACUAAAGGAAGUGAAAGGGAAGUAAUAUUUGUUUUUGUUGACAUUUAUCAAUCCUUUUUUUCGCUAAGAUGGAGACCCAAAUUAUAAAACCCUAAUUUCUUGCUGAAAAUCCUCAUUUUUUAAGUUGUUUUGACCUUUGUACCUUGUUUUAUUUUGUCUUGUUACAAAUUUUUGUUUAUGCUUUAGAAUUAUUUAUGGAAACAUUCUUGUAAUGUAUAAUAAAAUCAUCUUUAUUAGAUGAGACAAACAAGAUCGCAAAGAUACUUAGCUACUUACAAUGUUAAAAUAGCGGUCUGAAAGGAAAUCGACAGGACGGUUGUAUUUUAGUCAUAUUGAUGAUUUGUA